GUGGUCGGUGGAACGGACAAUGCAGUGAGCUCAACACCUCCGUGCGACUGCUCACGAUGGACGGAUGGCAGCCAAUGAUUGAGAAGUGCAGAGUAGCAGACCAUUGAAAGAUCCUGGUAUACAGCAGCAACAAGAAAUGACCUCCAACAAUGGCUUCCAUCGCUUCUCGCAUGGCCACCAAGACCUGCUGCUAGCCGUGAGCUACAACUUCUAUGGCACCCGCAUGGCGUCCGCAUCCGCCGACCACAAAGUCAAAGUCUGGGAUCGCAACGACCAAACCGGCCAAUGGAUCGUGACAGACGUCUGGACCGCCCACGACGCCGAAGUCACCGACGUGAAAUGGAACGGCCCUUUCGUAGGCGAACACCUCGCCACCAUCGGCGAAGACGGCCUCUUCAAAAUCUGGCAAGAAGACGUCAACGAACCCCCCAACUCCGGCCGAAGAUUCAAACCCAUCUUCCAACAGUCCACCUCCACGGGAGUCCCCUACGCCUCCCUCGACCUCAAAAACAUCGCCGCGGAAACUUACCUCGCCAUGAUCACCCGCGACGGCUACCUCACCAUCUGCUCCCCAGAAGACCACGACGACCUCUCCGCCUGGCGCGUCAUGUGGUCCGACUACCUGGUCCCCACCCCGCCACGAACCGAAGAAACCGCCUUCCGCCUCAGCUGGCACAAGGAGAAGAUCCCCGCCUGGCCCGCCGUACUCGCCGGUCUCGACCGGAAAUCCCUCAGCCUCGCCGUCGCAGUCGGCACAUCCGUCCGCGUCUUCCGAACAGACAAGGAUCGCAAAUUCUACACGGCCGCCGUGCUGGACGGUGCCACGGAACUGGUGCGAGACGUCGAUUGGGCGAACGGUAGCAUGCGGGGAUUCGACGCGAUUGCUACAGCGAGCAAAGACGGACACAUCCGGAUCUACGAGCUGCACACGCCCGGCGCAUCAUCCCUACCCACCUCUCUCGCGGGAUCCGUGGCAGGCGACAACGAAACCAGUCACAACACUUCCAGUCCUUCCAUAAGCAAACCAUCCACGACGACGAGAUCCGGCAUAGGCGCCGGCCUCGCCCUCGGCGCCCGGGGAAGCCGUGAUGAGAAUGCCCGAGCGCCAGGCGCCGUGAAGCAAGAGGCCAAAUUGGUCGCGGAGAUUGCGGCGCACAGUCACGUCCCUUGGCGCGUCAGCUGGGCUCCCAUGGCGGACAUGUUGCUUUCGACGGGGGAUGAUGGUUGCACGAGGAUUUGGAAGAAGUCGGUUGAGGGGAAGUGGGCAGAGGCGGCGGAGAUUGAUGUUUUCAAGGGGGCGUGA